GAGAUUGAAAGAGAGAGAGAGUGUGUGUGCGCAUUUCCUCCUUACUCGCACGUCGGAAACGCCUUGACGCGACACCACUAGAACGGAUCAGAUCAAGUCGGCUCGACGUUACUGAGGCCUUCUACCGAACGGAAACGGAAACGACGUAGGCAAACGGAGCCGUGCCGUGUGUCCGAGAUGGACAUGUCAGCGGUUUCGACCGCAGAUUCGUCUUCGCUGGCCCUGGCCGUGGAUUUCUCGCAGCUCAAUAGCCAGCUGGAGGAGGAGAAGGGACUGGCAGAGCGUCUCCGCGAGCAAUCCAAGCUCCUCGACCGUUCUUAUCGCCGCUUGAGCUCGCAUCUCAACCGCAUGCAUUCAUUGCCCGCAUCUUCGCUACUGCAUGAGCUGCUCCAACCGACACAGCCCAUGUUCGCUGAGGUGCGCGAACAGGUCGCAGGCUUGGCGCAGAUGAUCCCGCCGCACCGAUACUAUCAGUGGAACCAGACUUUUGACUGGCAGAUCAAGAAUCUCUGCUCUUGCGCCGCACUCGCAUUCUUCCUUGCGACGGGAAAAUUGCUCGACAAGCAAGGGGCGCAAGACGUGCUCGGAAUCUCAUCUUCAUACUCAGACCGACUACUGCUCAGCACGGAAGACUACCUUCUGUCGCUUACGCUAGUAACCAACGAACUGUCUCGACUGGCCGUAACAAGCGUUACACUCGGCGACUUUUUGACGCCCAUGGCACUCAGCCGCUUCGUCAAAGACUUACAUGCAGGUUUUCAGCUGUUGAAUCUGAAAAACAACGAAUUACGGCGGAGAUUCGAUAGCAUCAAAUACGACGUUAAGAAGAUAGAGGAGGUUGUCUACGACAUUACACUGCGUGGCUUGAUUCCAGCGCAGCCAGUCCAAGGCGCGCAGCGCACUCCAGGUUUGCGGGACGAUUACACUGACGAAGAAAUUCGGCAAGUCAUGCAUCUCCUCACCACCCAAAAGUAACAAGCCAUGCGCGCUGUGCAUCGACACCAGCAAGUCAUAAGAAAGGCGACGGCGCGACCAACUGAUCAACUGUAGCAUACACGAGUCCA